UCCUAAAAAGGCCUGAGGUUUUGAAGGUAUGUGAUGGCAUGGGUCCUGCGUAUUCCUAUUUAAAUUCAGAGAGCAGGUGAGCCAGGCGCACUCUCCUCUCGUCUCUCUCUCUUUCAAGGGACUGUAACACAUCACCUCCUGUCCAGCUCUCCAGGGCCUACAGUAACCGGACACAACCAUGUGUGACGAGGAAGAGACAACAGCCUUGGUAUGCGACAACGGCUCAGGACUGGUGAAGGCUGGCUUUGCCGGUGACGAUGCCCCCAGGGCAGUGUUCCCCUCUAUUGUGGGGCGCCCCCGUCAUCAGGGUGUGAUGGUGGGUAUGGGUCAGAAGGACUCCUAUGUAGGAGACGAGGCCCAGAGCAAGAGAGGUAUCCUGACCCUCAAGUACCCCAUUGAGCACGGCAUCAUCACUAACUGGGAUGACAUGGAGAAGAUCUGGCAUCACACCUUCUACAAUGAGCUGCGUGUGGCCCCUGAAGAGCACCCCGUCCUGCUAACUGAGGCCCCCCUCAACCCCAAGGCCAACAGGGAGAAGAUGACCCAGAUCAUGUUUGAGACCUUCAAUGUGCCAGCUAUGUAUGUGGCCAUCCAGGCUGUGCUGUCUCUGUAUGCCUCUGGUCGUACAACAGGUAUUGUGCUGGACGCUGGUGAUGGUGUGACCCACAACGUGCCCGUGUAUGAGGGUUACGCCUUGCCCCACGCCAUCAUGAGACUGGACUUGGCUGGCAGAGACCUGACUGAUUAUCUGAUGAAGAUCCUCACUGAGAGAGGAUACUCUUUCGUUACCACCGCCGAGAGAGAGAUCGUGCGUGACAUCAAGGAGAAGCUGUGCUACGUGGCUCUGGACUUUGAGAAUGAGAUGGCCACCGCUGCCUCCUCCUCCUCUCUGGAGAAGUCCUACGAGUUGCCCGACGGACAGGUCAUCACCAUCGGUAACGAGAGGUUCCGUUGCCCAGAGACCCUCUUCCAGCCCUCCUUCAUCGGUAUGGAGUCUGCUGGUAUCCAUGAGACCACAUACAACGGCAUCAUGAAGUGCGACAUUGACAUCCGUAAGGACCUGUACGCCAACAACGUCUUGUCUGGCGGUACCACCAUGUACCCUGGUAUCGGUGACCGCAUGCAGAAGGAAAUCACAGCCCUGGCCCCCAGCACUAUGAAAAUCAAGAUGAUUGCCCCCCCUGAGCGUAAAUACUCAGUGUGGAUCGGCGGCUCCAUCCUGGCCUCCCUGUCCACCUUCCAGGCCAUGUGGAUCAGCAAAGACGAGUAUGAGGAGGCCGGACCAUCAAUCGUCCACAGGAAGUGCUUCUAAAUUACCCUCUCCUCCUAUCUCGACUCUCUUCCUGCCCUAAAAUCUUGGCUCUCUGUUUUUCUCAUGUGUCUCUAAUCCCCACAAACGACCCAUUGUAUUUGUUUACUGUUUGUGCAAUCUGUAUUAUGGGUCAUCGGACUAUCAGGAUAUUUACAAGCAUUUCGCAACACCCGCAAUAACAUCUGCUAAACACGUGUAUGUGACCAAUAAAAAUUGAUUUGAUUUGAUAUUGCUAAAUAAAUGAAUUCUACCUUUUGA